AUGGAGGCUAUCAAUCGCCAGAUCCAACGGUAUUCUUCCUCGCCCAUUUUCAUCGACAUUGAUCCUUCUUCUUUCUCACCACGUGUUUCUUCUUUCUCUGAACUAAGAAAGGAAUGGUUCGUUAAUUUGUCUUCUUCGAUCAUACCUGAAGUAGUACAACUCCUAUUACAACUGGGAGAGAAAUUUUGUUUGCCGGUUGUUGACAAGGAAAGAACUGUUGUCGAUUUAUUAAAGAGUGUGGAGUUCAAUAUCAAUAAACUGCCCACAGAGGUUCGCACGUUGGUGAGGAAUAGAUCUUUUCCGAUAAUAAAUAGCUUUCACAAUUCCAUCCUACACAAGUCUCCUUCUGAUAAAGUUAUUCUAAAGUCACUUAACGCCACCAAAAAAUUCACAAGAGACAAUCCGGACAUUCUGUUCACUAGAGCAGAUAAGGGUAAUAUAACAGUCGCGUUGAAUAAGGACGACUAUCUCUCCAACAUGUCAGUUCUGCUAGCGGACGAAAAUACGUAUAAAGUAGUGAACAAGAGUCCGAUUAAAAAAUUAACUAGCAAUCUUCAUGAUCUCUUAGUGAGGUGGAGAUCGCGCGAUUACAUCUCCGUUGCGAAAUAUAGAUCUUUGAAUUGUACAGAUGGUGUCUUACCGAGGGCUUAUGGGCUGCCAAAAAUUCAUAAGAAAAACAACCCUUUACGUAUUAUAGUCUCAUCUAAGAACACACCACUCUAUGGUCUCGCCAAGUUUUUACACGAUAUUAUUUACAAGUCUGUUCCGCGACCGGACAGCCAAGUUAUUAACAGCGCUCAAGUGGUGGAUAGACUGAAUGGCAGACGUAUUGAUGACAAUAUAAAAUUGAUCUCGUUAGAUGUUAUCUCAUUAUUCACGAAUAUACCGUUGGAUCUGGCGAUUGAUAGCCUGUCGAAUAGAUGGGACUAUAUAGGAGGCAAUUGUCAGAUACCUCGUGAUGAGUUUUUAACAGCAGUUCGUUUCGUCUUGAACUCUACAUUUUUUAUGUUCAACGGCGUCUGCUAUCAACAAACAUUUGGCACACCCAUGGGCUCUCCUCUUUCGCCGAUUAUCGCUGAGAUCACGCUGAGAUCACGCUCCAAGAUUUAG